CUAAAGUAAGUGUUCCCCGGGGCCUCUUGCGUCGGAGUUAAGAGUGUUCCCUUCCUACCCGACAAGUGCCUAUUGGAGCCGGACCCCGCCCCCUUCCGGGCCUAGACUCCCCAUCCCCUCCCUGCCCCUUCCCGGUUGGGGACUUCUUGGGUUCUUCCAGCUUGGCUCAGAGCCUUGCCAAGGUCAUGAAGCUCGUGAGGAAAGACAUUGAGAAAGACAAUGCCGGCCAGGUGACCCUGGUCCCCGAGGAACCUGAGGACAUGUGGCACACCUACAAUCUAGUGCAGGUGGGCGACAGCUUGCGCGCUUCCACCAUCCGUAAGGUGCAGACCGAGUCCUCCACCGGCAGCGUGGGAAGCAACCGUGUCCGCACUACCCUCACUCUUUGCGUGGAGGCCAUUGACUUCGACUCUCAAGCCUGCCAGCUUCGGGUCAAAGGGACUAACAUCCAGGAGAAUGAGUAUGUCAAGAUGGGGGCUUACCACACCAUUGAGCUGGAACCCAACCGCCAGUUCACCUUGGCCAAGAAACAGUGGGACAGUGUGGUUCUGGAGCGCAUUGAGCAGGCCUGUGACCCAGCCUGGAGUGCUGAUGUGGCUGCUGUGGUCAUGCAGGAAGGCCUCGCCCAUAUCUGCUUAGUCACGCCCAGCAUGACCCUCACUCGGGCCAAGGUGGAAGUGAACAUCCCUAGGAAACGGAAAGGCAACUGUUCCCAGCAUGACCGGGCCUUGGAGCGAUUCUAUGAACAAGUGGUCCAGGCCAUCCAGCGCCACAUACACUUCGAUGUUGUAAAGUGCAUCUUGGUGGCCAGCCCAGGAUUUGUGAGAGAGCAGUUCUGUGACUACAUGUUUCAACAAGCAGUGAAAACCGACAACAAAGUGCUCCUGGAAAACCGGUCCAAAUUUCUACAGGUACAUGCCUCCUCUGGACACAAGUACUCCCUGAAAGAGGCCCUUUGUGACCCUACUGUAGCUAGUCGCCUUUCAGACACUAAAGCUGCUGGAGAAGUGAAAGCCUUGGAUGACUUUUAUAAAAUGUUACAACAUGAACCUGACCGAGCUUUUUAUGGACUCAAGCAAGUGGAGAAAGCCAACGAAGCCUUGGCAAUUGACACAUUGCUAAUCAGUGAUGAGCUCUUCAGGCACCAGGAUGUAGCCACACGGAGCCGUUAUGUGCGGCUGGUGGACAGUGUGAAAGAGAACGCAGGCACUGUUAGGAUAUUCUCUAGUCUUCACGUAUCUGGGGAACAGCUCAGCCAAUUGACUGGAGUAGCUGCCAUUCUGCGCUUCCCUGUCCCUGAACUCUCUGACCAAGAGGAUGAUUCCAGUUCUGAAGAAGAUUAAUGAUUGGAACUUGAAGUUGAAUCAGCCUUGUGUCUCACUCCUUCAUUGUUUCAAUAAAUUUUCUCAGCUUCCUGAUGACAGAAAGCUGUCAGAGUGGCGCUUUGUGAUUCUUACAGGGAUGUCUCAUUUACUUGGUCACACUAGGUAUUUUGUGGUGGGCAGGGCUUGUAUUCAGUUGGCAGGAUAUGUAUUCAAACUAAACAAUAAACUAAAGGGAAACAAUUUCCAUGUA